CUUUUUGACUAAAAAUCGUCCCUUUUCAGAUUUCGAAUCGUCCGAAACACGACGCAGGUACUGGCAACACUGGUCAUUGUCAACUAUCGAAAAGUCAACCGUAAGAGAGCUUUAGAUUUGGAUUUGGAUUUUAAAUACGUUUCCAUUUAAUUAGCUAAAUACAAAUAAGUCUCGAUAAUAUUAGUAAAUAAAUAUGACUGAGUCAACAGAGGUAGUAAAAAUCAACAAAUGGGACGGAGCAGCAGCAAAAAAUGCCAUUGAUGAUGCCAUUAGAGAGGUUUUCACUGGUGACCUUAAGUGCAAGGAGAGUUUUGCUCUGAUUGAUGGAAGACUUUUCCUCUGUGCAUUAGCAGUUGGUGUGGCUCUAUAUGCCCUUCUCUGGGACUACUUAUACCCAUUCCCACAAUCAAGACUGGUUCUCAUUAUUUGUGUGUCUUCAUAUUUUAUCCUCAUGGGCAUACUCACUCUGUAUACCACAUUCAAAGAAAAAGGAAUAUUUGUAGUCGCCAAAGAAAAGGUUGGCAACAACAACAGAGUCUGGGAGGCUAGUUCAUAUGUCAAAAAGCACGACGACAAGUACAGCCUGGUAGUGGUGAUGCGUGAGGCGGGGGGGGCGGGGGGGGGCGGGGCGGUGCCGCGAGGCUUCUGUCAACAAGUCGUUCGCGACCUACAUCGAUGUCAACGGCGCCGUCGUGCAGAGCGUCGUCCUCGCCGAGAUCACUAAACUCUACAAUUCCCUCUCAUCCGAGAAGAAGGAGAAGUGAACCUGUUUCCGUGUCUGUUGCACAAUUUCAUUGUAAGCUCUGAUAUAGAAAUAUUGAAUCGUAAUAAAUAUUCUUCGAAACAUA